AUGUCGGGGCCAGCAGCCGCAACUUCGCUCAAGAAGAAGCUCGUGGUUUGCGGAGGCAAUGGCUUCGUGGGAAGCAGGAUAUGCAAGGCUGCGGUAGCAAGAGAUUGGGAUGUGGUCUCGAUAAGUCGAUCAGGCGAACCCAACUGGCCCUCCGUCACCUCCCACCAAACCGCGCCUCCGUGGUCGAAAUCCGUCACUUGGCGCUCAGCCAACAUCCUCCACCCCGAGACCUACAAAGCCGACCUAGAAGGAGCGAAUGCAGUCGUUCAUUCAAUGGGGAUUCUGCUGGAAGCAGACUACAAAGGCGUUCUCACAGGAAAGGAGUCACCGAUCUCAGGACUAAGAAGAGCGUUCUCUACAACGAAACAAGGCGGAAAUACCAACCCAAUGGAUCGAAAGCCUGGACAGCAGAUUGAGCCUGGGGAGAAAGAUGGGCAGUUGACAUAUGAGUUGAUGAACCGCGACUCGGCUAUUACGCUGGCGAGGGAAGCAAACGAUGCGGGAGUAAAAUCGCUCGCAUACAUUUCUGCGGCUGCUGGUGCGCCUAUACUGCCUGGGAGGUAUAUCAACACGAAGCGGGAAGCUGAAAGCACGAUUUCUUCUGCGUUUCCCAAGAUGCGGAAUGUCUUCAUCAGGCCGGGUUUCUUGUUCGACUCAUCACGCACGUUCACGAUGCCAAUGGCUGCUGUGACAUAUAGCGGGUUCAUUGCGAACUCGUUGACUGGAGGGAAUCUUACCUGGCUCAUGGGAGCGGGUGGUGCGAAGCCUUUGAAGGCCGAUCUUGUCGCGGAGGCUGUGGUUGAGGCGUUGUCUGACGAUGCCGUCAAGGGGCCUGUCGAAGUAAAGGAGAUCGAAGAGCUUGCCAACAGGGCUUGGAGGAGAGGCAUGCUGUGA